AUGGGCCGCCGCCUGCUGUACAAAACCGAGGAGGAGAGGAAGGAGGCCGCGAAGAGGGCCAGCCAAAGAUAUUACUCCAGACAUAAACAAGAUAUUAACCUUGGGCGCCGAACAAAGUACCGCGAGCUGCAUCCCAACCGGUUAGUACCCUCGGCAGCCCCUCUUACGACUCCCCUUCAGUUUACCAUCUUCUACAGAUUGGAGCAACAGAUGGAAGAUGUGCGUUUACGCGAAGAACGGGAGGAGUUCAAUGCGAGAGACCCCGAAACUUGGUUGAAGCGAGCCCGGGGACUGGCCGCCCGAUUCAAUGCUCAUGUUAAUUCGGCCCCUCGCCUCUUUCUUGACAACCUGUGCCAGCAACUGACCGAUCCGACGCACACCAUGGCUGAACAGUCGCGAGCAAUCACAUCUCUCCGAACCGCUCAGGAACAAUCCUCUCGUUUCCACAAAAGCUCUCUUCGAAACCAGGCCAUUGUUUGGGAGGUGGGAGGUGCGUGUCCGCAGUGGAGAGAGGUUGUGGAAUUGUCCACCCCAAUCACCAACUUCCACCAAAGCAUCGAGGAGAUCGAGACCUUGCACAGUGCUCUCGGACCCUUACAGCUUAGGCAAGAGUGGUCACAAGGUGCCCUUCACUUCCAGAAUGUCUGGCCCGCAUCAACGUAG